AUGGUCUUCCACACUAUCUCCCAUCACGACAUUGUCACUCCCUCCGAGGGCGAAAUCUUUAGCAAGUUUAACCCGGACCUGCAGAAGCGGAACCUUGAGCUGCGGGACCAGCGGCAACAAAACUACCAGGAAUUUCUCGAUCAGUUGAAGGAGCACAGCAAAUCUGACAAGCCCAUCUGGAUUGCUGCCGCAGAGGCACAGGCGAAGGCGAAAGAGGAACUUGUGAAGCAAAAAGAGGAGGAGAAAUCGAUGCAACAAAAAAUAAAAGAGGAGCUAAGGGCUGAAGUUCAAAGGGGGUAG